AAAGAAAAGACUCCCAAGAAAAGGCAGCGGAAGAGGGACGGCCUAGAGUCCGAUCUGCGGUCUCGUCAAACCCCGGUUUCUGUUUGUCCGACAAACGUCACGGCUCUUGGCUUUGAAGUAGUGCAUGGUCCUGCUUCUUGUAGAGGAUCAGUAUCUGGCUGGAUUCCUGCUGGAGAAGCCAGAAAGUAUCUGGAUGAGAAGUUGAGGACAUGCUCCCAUGAUUCCUGCAAAUUUGUUGGAACCUAUGAGCAGCUGCGUGAACAUGCUAGGACAGCUCACUUGCUUGUGAAGCCUGCUCAUGUAGAUAUCUCAAGGAAAAGGUCUUGGGAUCGCCUUGAGCGUGAGCAGGAGUUUGGUGAUGUGAUAAGCGCAAUAAGGUCACAGAAUCCUGAUGCAAUAAUAGUUGGUGACUAUGUUAUUGAGACUAGAGAUACCAUGUCCCCUGAUCAAGAUUCUGGGGAAGAAAGUGGUGAUGAGUGGUGGUCUCCUGUUGGAGACCCAAUAGAAUCACCAGAUAACCGACAUGGUGCCUCUAGGCGGUGGCUGGAUGGAAGGCUAGGAUCACCUAGCAAUUGGCCAGAUGAAAGGCGUGCUUUUGCCAGGUUUCUGCCGCAGCCAAGGCUUCCUUUCAGCAAUAGGCGCAGCUCACCUGCAGAUUGGCAGGGGAUGAGACGGCCAAGCACACGAAGUUUGCUGCGUCAGGACUUCACGAAUCGGCAAUCCAGGAACAGCACCAGUCACCGCAGAUAUCGCCGCAUCUUUGAUCGUCACUAUACUGUUAACGGUCGUGCAGGUAUUGGCAGGAGGCAGGAUGGUUCAACAUUUGGGCCGGGCGGACGGCAGCGGCUGAGAUACACGCAAAGAAAUCAGCAUGAUCCAUGAUCGACUGAAUCAAGACUACCUGCCCAGUAUUAAGUUCAUUACCAAGCAUCCAAGCAAUCCUUGUAAAUAACAUUAAUGCUCGAGAAUUAGCACUCCCUCCCUUCAUAAAAGAAAAAUGUCUUGACUUCGGACAAAUUUAGAUGUAUCCAAAUACAUCUAAAUUUUGAUAAAGUUGAGACAUCUU